GUUAUGUUUGAACGGGCGGCUCUCUCUACUGCUCUCCCUUCUCCCGCAGCCAUUCCUCUCCGUUCAAGCUUCGCAGAUGACGGAUGGUGGGAAACCCGACAAUCCAUCCCGGAAGCGGAGGAGGAAGAGACACAAGCCACAAAGCCGCUCGGAAUCCGCUAACUCACCGCCUCCGCAGCUCCCGCUGCCACAUCCGAAGCGGAGAAAGAUCGAGGGUCCCUCCACCUCCAAGAACCAGCUCGGCUUCCUGCAGAAGAUGCGAAUGAGGUUAUCUGGAGGCCAUUUCAGAAUGCUAAAUGAGAAAUUAUACACUUGCAGUGGUAGUGAGGCCUUCAAUUUGUUUAAGAAUGAACCAGAGCUAUUUGAUGUGGUAUUUUUUUUUUGUUCCAUCGGAUACCAAGAGCAAAUGGUGCAUUGGCCACAGCAGCCAGUCAAUACAAUUGCUAAAUGGCUAAGGAAUCAGAGUUCUUUAAAAGUUGCUGAUUUUGGUUGUGGGAAUGCAACACUUGCGAAAAGUGUGAAGAAUAAAGUCUUCUCCAUUGACCUUGUUUCCAAUGACCCAUCAGUAAUUGCUUGUGACAUGGCUCAUACACCAUUGGACUCAUCCUCUGUAGAUGUUGCGGUUUUCUGUUUGUCAUUGAUGGGAACCAACUAUUCAAACUAUUUGCAGGAAGCUAAAAGAGUUUUGAAACCCAGCGGUUGGCUUUUGAUAGCUGAAGUGCGAAGCAGAUUUGAUCCCAACACUGGAGGAGCUGAUCCAGAGAAGUUUUUUGAAGCUGUCAGCCAGCUUGGGUUUUCUUUAGUUUCAAAGGAUUUUUCUAACAAGAUGUUUGUACUGUUCUACUUCAAGAAAGCAAAAAAAGAUUCCCAAGUCGAGAGCAUCAAAUGGCCAGAGUUGAAACCUUGCAUAUAUAAAAGGCGAUGAGCUUCCUUCCACUCCUAUGAACCUCGUAAUAUUAUGGAUGCUGAUAAUGUGUAUGCUUCUUCCAGUACAUGGGAUGAUAAACUCUUGCACUAUGUUUGUUGUCUCACAGUAAAAAAAAGUUCACAGCAGGCUGGUAACCUUUUAUCGCAAAAAAUAAACAUGAUUUGGACACGAAAAAAAAUGUGAAAGAUGGGGGCCUUAAUCAGGAUCCAUGAAGCCUUAACUCUAACACGGCUUUAUGGUGUACUGUAAUAAUCCUUCCUUCCUAGUUAUGUUGGUUUUCUUUUUGCCUAUAAGAGAGGGAGAGGAAGAGGUAGAGAGAGAUACCUUGGUAAAUGCAUGAUGAAAUUAAACAUCUCAUCUGUUCCUGUUUAGGAAUAGAUCAAAUCAUUCAACAAUGGUUUGAUCCAUCGCAACUCCUCCCCUAAUUCUGUGCAUUUCACCAUUCUACAGGCUGUUGGUAAAAAAGAAAAAAAGAAAAAUGAAGGGCAUUUGCGAAAAUGAAAAAGGCGAGGAGACUGGGUGCUUGGGGCUUACUUGGUGGGGGGGAAUUGGCCGUGGAGACUUUAACCUGGGGCGACGGUGGCCGUGCGCUUCCUCCUGUGGUGUCGCCGGCGUUGCAUGUGGUGUAAUGGCGGGAGAAAGUUGAGCUGGGCGGUGCACGCGGACGUGGCUCGGGAAUCCUAUUGGUUGUAGCCAAUUUCGGUUUUUUUUUACCCGUUUUGCCCUUGUUCGUUAUACAUCCUAAAAUCACCGUUCUCAAUAUCCUUGAACUACCCUUUUA